AUGCUGCUGAUCAAGCUUUGGCGACGUCGCUCUUUUUCUUGUCGUGGUACUAAACUAUUAAAUUUUAAUGUUCUUUUUCGUAUUGCAGAACAUGAGAAGAAGUUGAUUGAAGCGGUGUGGCAAGCUCUACAUGGAGCAUGGGUUUGUGAUGACGCAUGUAACUCGCAAGGAGCGAUACAAAGUCGACUACGUGUCGCACAACUAAUCGAAGACUCUUGCUUAGCCAAUCUUGAGUUUAGUGAACAGCGCGGUCUCGAUAGGUGCGUGCAAGCCGAUGCACUACGACGUGCUGGAGAGUUUCAACGAGCUAAAGAAUUACUUCAACAUAUGCAGGGUAAUGAAGAGGAUGUUAUCAAAAGCAUGUCUAAAUUUCAACUGUAUCUUAUUGAUGCCAAGGAUACUAGUAAGCCAACAAGACAACAAAUUUGA